AUGGAUCAUACACUCGUCCUUGCAUCCGUGGUCCUUUUAGGACUGAUCGCUGGCGUCUUCUUUAUUGCUAAAAAACUGGGUUCUUUGAGAGAUCCCCUGCAAGUCUGGGAUGCCCUCAACAAUGUUGGACUCUUGCCCAUCCGUAUGAGAGGCUGGAUCUUUUCAACUGUCGCUGGUUUCGCCAACCCAUAUUCCAGGUCCAUUAACUUCCGCAUUACGGAAUUGAGAAAGGGCAAAGCCUGUGGUGUUAUGAAGGAAACCAAAAAUAUUUCAAACCCAUUCAGAUGUGUUCAUGCAGCUGCAUUAGUUACCUUUGGAGAAACAGUUGGCGGCCUCGCAGUAUUUACCCUCUUGGGCAAGAAGGAUAGGGCCAUUCUUACCAAUAUUCAUGCCGAAUACAUUAAAGUCUCGCGUGGACUUCUUACUGCAAGCUCCGUUGUAUCACCGAUUAAUGAUAGGGAUAUCACAAAGUUGGUCAACGAGGUCUUAAUUAAGAAUGCCGCUUUCGAGACCGUUGUAAAACUCACCCUAACAUGGAAAGUUGAUCUCAAAGUCAAGUAA